GCAGAGAAUGUGGCAAGAGAGAGCGAAGGGAGGAAGAGUCAGAUGGAAACAGUUCCCUAAAAGAAAUCAAAGGCAAUAUCGGUGCAACACAAGGAGAAAAGAUUAAAUAGUAAUCAUUUCACACGCGCAAAAGAAAACGGCUCGGGUGAAGUUUACAGCUGGAUCUUGGAGAGAGUUGGCCCCAGUAAAGUCUGCUGCACCAUCUCUACUGCAGCUGGCUGGUGUGAAACAGGAAGCCGUGCAAACUAACGGCGUGUUGGAAAGACGCUCCGAGUGUUCACGCCCAUCCAGAGAGAGAAAGGCAGAUUGAUCCCUCCCCUUCAGCCAGAGGAUUCCAGCGAAAUUGGCCCGCACACUGCUCCAACAUUAUGGCCUCCUGUGGUCACAAAGGUUCAGUGGUGUUACCAUCAAUGAAUCCUCCACUAUCAACAUCCUGGAGAUUGCCAUUCACUAGAAACUGACCUGGACUACCUAUAUAAGUGCUGUGGCUACAAGAGCAGUUCUUCGCUGUGAAUUGUGAAGUCUUCUGAAGUGAACCAUCAAAACUGAGCUCCAUCACAGCCUGGGGUCUCCCGGUGAACAGGGAACAGGUCCCAGGCUGAUUUCCCAGCCCAAACUUGCAGGCUAGGCUGAGGCUACAGUGACCAUGGAGGAAUCAGUUCUAAUUUUGAAAAGUUGGCACAAAGCCUUGGUACUUAUCCUAAUCAUUAGUUCCAUUGUCUACUAUUAUGUCUUUGAGUUUAAACCUUUAAAGCUCAAAUACCCCUUCCCGAAAAAAGCUUCAAGACUUGCAAUACGUUUGAGUCAAUCAGACGCAAUCAGAGAGCCUGGAAUUAUGUUUGUACAGACCUCCAAUGAUGUAGCACCUUCCCCGUUGGCCAUGUGCAGCAUUGAAUCAGCAGCUAGACAAAACCGAAACAAAACCAUUUAUUUCCUCAUGAGUGGUUUCAAUGGGAAUAUAUCUGCGUAUCGAGAACCUGAGUACAAAGCCAUCUCUUUGCUUUCUUCAUUCGAGAAUGUCAUCAUCUUGCCCUUGAAUCCUAAAGAAUUGUUCAACAACACACCCUUGGCUGGAUGGUAUGAGAAGGUGGAUCCCAACUUGGAACAAUAUUGGUUCCAUGUGCUCUCUGAUGGUUGUCGGAUAGCCUUGCUGUGGAAGUUCGGGGGCAUCUAUCUGGACACGGAUAUCAUUUCAAUCAAACCCUUGGAGUUCCAGAACUUCAUCUGUGCACAAUCAAGUAAUUAUGCAAAUGGUGCAGCUUUGGGAUUUAACCGCUCUCAUUCCUUCAUCAGGAAGUGCUUAAAGGAUUAUAUUGAGAAUUAUAAUGGAGCAGCUUGGGGUCAGCAGGGUCCAGAUCUGAUGACCCGAAUGUUGAAGAAAUGGUGUGAGACUGAUAAUCUGGAUAACUUUCUGAAUAGACAAUGCAAAGGGAUCCUGUACCUGUCCAGCAACUGGUUCUACCCUGUUCCAUACACCGAUUGGGAAAGGUACUUUGAACCAGAUACAUGGGAAGGGAACAGUAAAGAAAUUGAACAUGAAUUCUCAAAGACACGAGGGGUACACGUCUGGAAUUUUUUAAGUGGUGGUCAGAAUAAUCACUUCAAAGGAAGUCGAUCACUCAUGGAGUAUUUCUUUAGCAAAUAUUGUCCAAGAACAUACAAUUUUCUCCCAGAUUGAUGUUUAUUUGAGUGUUGAUUUGCAUAAUUGUUUUACAUGUGGUUAUAACAAAAUGACUGCUAAUCACUGACUGACAGUAUGGCCAUCCAUUUGGCCUCAUCUCAUUGUAUCUUCACUGGUAUCUUCCUACUCUCUGUGAGGCUGUCGGGUAAUAGGAGGAGUGGGGGAAUUGUUACUGGUUUCACCCUCUAUCCUGCUCCCUUCCUUCCAACUCAGCAGUGCCCACUUCCCUGAGGUUCAUUCCUCCAACAUAUUCGAUGCCUCUUGAUUCAAAAUUGGUCGAUUCUGGAUAACUGUUGAUUCAGUUCAUCUCAGUAUUACAGACAUUGCUUCAUUUAAAUUAUUGUGUUUUUAUUUUUAUCCAGUUCAGAAGCACACACAGUCAUUGGGACGAGACCAUUUGCAGUAUAGGGAAUGACGAUGAGUUUAACAUUCCCGAUCCAAGUCAAUUUGACGUUUACUUCUUCACUCAUUAAUUAUCUCACAUUCUGAAUUAUAGUCUGAACACUGCAAACUAUUUCCAAUGUCCUUUCUUAUCUGGAAGUUGGUGUGAAUAUUUUACAACCUCUUUAUCCAGCAUUUCUUAAUAAAAUAUGAUCAAAGUCUGUGAUAACAUGACCAUUGCUCUCAGGCACAAUAUAGUGAAAGGCAUAUCUCUACUGUAGCAGUUCUUACUGUUGGACUGUUCCCUUAUCUGGUUGAGGUUAUUAGUUUGUACAUGUACAGAGUACAAUAUAUUCCUAAAUCUCUGGGAUAUUUAAUUUUGAUCUGACAUGAUCUAUUUACUGAAUCACUGACUUCUUGCCUGCACUGAGAUUAUACUUAAUAUACAUGAUCUUCAAGAAUCUUUAGGUGAAAUAAGGGAAAUCUUUGCUUUGUCGCUGUUUUGUGAUUAUUUGGAUAAUUCUUUGGAUGAGUCUAUUGAUUAAUUAAUUGACCUUGCAGAUUCAGUCUUUGUAUCUGAACUAAAGUUUGGUCUGACACUUUGUGGAAUUGAGCUUGUAGUUCAACUGUGGUUACAAUUAAAAUAGAAAGACUGGGGAAAUCUGCCCAAUUAUUAAAGACAGCUUGACCCCAGUUACCAGUCUCGAACUGGUAACUGAGUGAUACACCGUUUCCAGUCAGAGACAUUGUGUCAACUUGCUGCACAUCACUGGGAUCCUCUGUGAGGGAGCUCUAUCUGUGUCAUCAUUAAUGUGAUCGGAGCAGCCCCUUUAUUAAAUAUUGAGAUCUUAAUUGUAAAGUGGCCAGCAACAGAAGAUGUGCUUAUUAAAAUGGACUGGAAUUAUACUGUACCCACGGCACCCAAUGAUGGGGUUUUGCACCUGUCUCUCAGGAACCUUACCGUCCCUGUAUUCACUCCAGUGGAACAGGCUGCGUGCUAAUGUGAUAGAGACCAUCCCAAUAUCUCUGGUUCCUGCUGUGUGCUUCUAGUGUUUGGCUCUCGGACAUUUGGACCCAUUUUAAGGAAGGAACCCAGGUUUGAGAACGAUCAGCAAAUCAUCCCAACAGCUUCACCCUGAGCUGGAGAGGAUGGAAAUGACAUGGUGCUGCCUUGUCCUCAACUGGGAUAUCCCAUUGGAGCAUUUUGGAGUGAAGUCAUGGAGACGAUUGUGUUUAAGGGUCGGAUCAUAUGAAGAUGUCCCACGUGUUGAUGUCAGCUCAUUCCUGAUGAAAGACUGUAUUUUUGGUCGUGUUGUGGUUUUGUUUCAUUCUGUUUAAAUCUCGCGUCAAACUAGAAGUGGAUACAUCUGUUGGAAACCAACACUCAGUUGUGGUGCAUUCCUCAGUUUCUGGUGUGCUGUACCGACCUUGUUGAUGGUGUUAGAUUGAAUAGGGCCAGAUUUCAUGUUAAUGGGAGGAUGCCACAGAUGAAUGGGUAUUGGGCACUGGGUACCCCUUCUUGAUACUUGGUUGAGUAUUACCUAGGCUGCCCAGUGAAGAUGGGUUAUCCCCUACAGAAGGUGAAAUUUUCUCAGGCGAUUACAAUUACAAGGGCUAUUUAUUGUCCCAAAUCUUCACUGAAAGUUUUCAUUCUGUCAUAAGGAUCCUGUAGGCAUUCUUAUUCUUCUGUCAUUCUUGACUCCCUUGAUGCUGCACUUUUGAAGAUUAACCAAUAAUUUGAUCCUAUUAGUGUGCUGGAAACAUGGCUUUCUGUUUUUAUAAAUGUACCUCAUUUCAGUUGAGAGCCCACUGUAGGUGUGUGAGAAACUGAUUAUUGAAUCUGUGUCACCCCUUAAAGUCCACUCAAUGCUGGUUGAGAUCAAAGUGGACCAUCUGCUUUCCCCAAGACUGUAAGUAUAUGUGUUUUUAACACUAUUUGUUGAUCAAGGAGAUAGGUUUUGAAUCUGGAGACUGGAAGAUGGAGAAGGGGAUUCUGUUUGAUGUUGUGAUGCGAUUUUUUCCCAAGGAGUUGUUGUGGUGAAGUAUUUGUAAUUGGGCUGAUGCAGACUAAAGACUCAUCACCUUCUUUCUUUCUAUUCUUUCAAUGGAACAUACGUUGAUGGCAGAGGUGGUCCCAGAGACUUCAUGUUGCACAGCCAUUACAAGAAUAAGGUUAGCGUGGGUUUUAAUGGAAAUUAAUAAUUCACUCUGAGGAGAUUGCUUGCAGUGAUAAUUUGAUUCUUUUUGCUCCUAUUCUCACAUUCCUAUUUAAUGUUUCCUAUCUGCUGGCUGGUGUAAACAUCACUGUCCUUUGGGACUGACCCUUUCUAUGUGAUUGGAGGAGAAAUGUCACUAUAGAAUAACAGCAGAUUUGCUUCUCACACUCUUCCAAACGUCAGGAGCUGACAGAGAGCUGCUGUCCUCGAAGACACUGAAAACGGACAUCUUUCCCUCCUGGCAAACACCCUGCCCCUCAGGAUCCCUCCGUGAGGAACUGGGUGCCCAGAACCCUUGGGCAUUUCAGGCAGAGUAAGGGUGUGAGCACUAACCAUUAUUUGCUGUGUUGAUCUGAGAGCAUCGUGAUCCCACGCGUAUGGGUAAUCAAAUUUCAGACUGUGAACUUGUGUAUGUAUUGCCUUUAUAUGUCUGAAUGUGAAUAAUCAAAUUGUGACUUUCUGCUUUGGUUUGCCUGUGGCCUCUUUGUCGUCUGUCAUGCUGAGGCCAGAAUCCUUUCUCAAGUCUCUGACGAGAUUCCAGGAAGUUCUGGUUUCGAGUGCCUUGGCGCUGAGUUGGAGCCAUUGUUUAUCCCAGCGUCUUCUCCCUGUCCAGAGCUGAUGGGAUGUUUAUAACUUUAACUUCAGUCAGUCUAUUCUUGCUGUGAUUAUUGAAGUGAACAGAUUAGAAUCUUUUGUGCUGAUUUAUUUUUUUUAGGUGACUUUCUAUUGAAUCUUUUUUUUCUUUUUAUCAAAACCACGAAACAGGUAAUUUUCAUUUAGUUGAUGUUUGGAUGAUGCAGUGCUUAUUACACCAGGGGCAAAAUGUUCUCCACACUCUCAAUAACACAAUACAGACCCCUCUCUCUGAACCCCAAUACAGACCGUGCUCUGUGAACCCCGCUACAGACCCCUCUCUCUGAACCCUGAUACAGACUGUGCUGUCUGAACCCUGAUUCUGACCACGCUGUCUGGCCUCCAAUAUGGGCCGUGCUUUCUGAGCUUCAAUACCUGACAAAGUAGCUACCUGAUGAAAGAAUGGUGCUCCGAUAGCUGAUAUUUCCAAAUAAACCUGUCGGACUAUAACCUGGCGUUGUGUGAUUUUUAACUUUGUCCACCCCAUUCCAACACCAGCACCUCUACAUCAUAAGCUCCAACACCGGCCACUUCCUGAUCUGGACCCAAUGUACUGAACACAAUGAACCACAAAUUGGACCAUCUUGAUGAAUCCUGACACACCUUGCUGCACCCCAAUACAGAUCACUUCAACAAAGGCCCAUUCUCCCUAUAUUUUAUUACAGACCACUCACUAUACCUCAAUAUAGCUUAAUACAGACUGCUCACGCUGAACCCCAAAAUAGAACGGUGUCACUGUGCCCCUGUGGAGAACCCUUUCGCUAAACACAAUACAUCCCACCCCCCCCAACAGUGUACCCAGUACAGAUCCUGUAAGCACAGUGAGGUGGUGUUUUUUCUUUGUCUUUGUCCUGCUGGAGCAGUCAUUCCUGUAAAAACAGGAACCCUGCUUCCUGCUGCAUGUGCUGUGGCCUCCUGCUAGGAAUCCAGAGAUCCUCGGAUCGAUAUCAACCCCAUGGUGACAUCACCUUCAUCGCCCGGCGACAUUGUUUCCGAACGGUUCUGUGGGAUUUUACUGGAGUGGUUGGGGUUUGUGUGUGUGUUUGCCAUUGGCAGCAGCCAGCAUUCGGUUGAUUCAUGUAUGGCAUUGGGGCCCACGUGAAAAGUCAAGUUGAAAAAUAAGCAGGCAGGGUUUGGUUUUGGCAUGUGGGGUCUGGGUGCUGUUGAUGAAUGAGGAAGUUCCUGUGAGAUCAUGCAUACAAAUAAGUAUCUGAAGUUCAGUUCCCUUUGUCCCAGAGGGCUAUCAUGUGGCCCAGAUUCGUGUGUGCAUGGUCAUGUGCUGUGUGGUUAUUUCUUCAUUAGCUGUCCCCUAGACACUGAAUGACAUUAUCGUCAAACCACAGUGGCGUGACCCCCUUCUACAUUUGUUCCUUUCUGAUAAACUAUAUUAAAUAAAGCAACUCUUAAUUCUAACUUUGGCUUUACUGCCCCAGGUUUCAGUAAGUCAAACAGAAUCUGUCCCCCACAUACCCCAAGUGUGUGAGGGCUGGGUGCUGUUGAUGAAUGAGGAAGUUCCUGUGAGACCAUGCAUGCAAAUGAGUAUCUGAGUUCCCUUUGUCCCAGAGGGCUAUCAUGUGGCCCAGAUUAGUGGGAACUAAUUAAAAUAAAAGUGUUGAAUCAAAGUGUUUUUUUUAAAACUGCUGUAACUUGGUCAUGUCAGUAUCUGGGAAAUAAAUCUCCAGUUAUUGAAAGCUCCAGCACAACUCUAGAUGGUUGCCAAAAGUCUAACAAUGCAGUUUCAGAGUUUUCCCAUUUAUACUGAUGCCCAACCAAGCUCCGAAAUCAAUCCUCUCUAAAACAAUGCCUGUGACCUGUACUGGAGCCCAGUGCAGUCACUGAUUAAUUAAAACCGCUCCUUAAUCUUAAAGUGUGAAGGACAAUGUGUGACAUUUAACAAAAUCCAAAAGGAAAACUAUCUUGUUCCAUCUACCCAACAGUUGCAAGAUUGAAUGUGCAGGAAAAACGAGUUGUCAAACCCAGAGGAGGUUUAAAAGCAGAGGAUGGUUGUUGGGACAUGUCUGAAAGGCUAAGCUUCAGUGUAUGGCCACUCUCAUUGGAAAGUAUUAAAAAAACAAAUAUAUCACUGAAACUAAGUGUGUCUGACAUUCAGUCCCAACAUAUCUGCAGCAAAAACUGACUUGUAACAGGAGUCCCAGUGAAUCUGCACUUUAAUUCCUUCUGGUUUAAAACUGUCUGUCCUUUAGUUACACUGCUCUGCUGCUAAAGCUGCACUUUCUGCAGAACACCAUUUGAAUUCCCACACUUUGAUUCAGGAUCUCAGCCCCCCCCGUUAUUGCCCUGCUCCUCAUUAGUACACUGGUCACCAGUGUCCUGGAACACUGCAGCCCUUCCCAAUCCCAGAGUCGGAAUGUCAAAGCUGCUACAGAAGGAAGACUAAUUUACAAAUUACCCGGCAUGCCAACUUGAAGCUACUCUGACUGCCUGACCAUAGUGAUGAGUGAACAUCCAAGCAGUUUCUACAGAUGCUGUCUGCCCUGCUGAGUAUCUGCAGUAUUUUCUCUUUUUCUAUUUGCACUUUCCAGUAUCUGCAGUAUUUUUCUUCUUU